AUGCAAUCCUUGAUUGAUAUUUUUAAAAAUCAUUGGAAAGCUAUUGCAAUAACUUUCACUAUUGGUAAAUUUCUUUGGGAAUCUUAUAUUAAUAAUAAUCAAUUAAAUAAAAUUGAAAAUGAAAUUGUUUUACACCAAAAGAGCUAUGGUGACAACAUCAAUUUACUUGUUAAUGAUAAGUACGAACAAUCAUUAUUAAAUUUAAAAAAUCUAGUGAAAUUAACUUUAAAUAAAUUGAGUUUUAAUCUAAUUAAAGAUUUAUUGAUUAUUUAUUUUGAUGUUUAUAAUGUUAUAUGGGUUCUUAGUAAGAAAAUCAAUGAACAUUUAUCAUUCAUAUUACCAAUAAAUUCAAUUUGUCAAACAAUAAUUUUUACUAUAAUUUCAAAUAUUUUAAUAUUUUGUUGGGGUAUACCAAUUCAAUUUUAUGGUGAAUUUAUAGUUUCAGAUUUUCCAAAAAGAGAAAAACCAAUAAAUUGGUUAAUGAUUCAAUAUUCAAUUUUAAUAUUCAAAAUUUUGGGAGAUUCAAUUAAAAUUUUAGGGUCUUUAAUUAUAAUUAAAUUUAUAAAAAAUUUUCCAAUUUGGCAAAUUUCAUUAGGAUAUUUUAUUUAUUCAAUAACUAGAAUUUCAUUAGCUCCAAUUUAUAUAAAUUUAACUGCUGGUCCAAAUUUUUUAAAACCAAUACCAAAUGGGGAAUUAAAAGAUGAAAUUUUAAAUUUAUGUUCUAAAAUUGGGUUUGAUUCAAAUUCAAUAUAUUUAACAGAUUUUGAAUUUAGUUCAAUGGGUUUUAAUUAUUUACCAAAUAUGAUUACAAUAAAUGAAAGAACAAGAUCAAUUUUUACAAUAAAAGAAUUAUCAUCAAUUAUAUUACAAUGUAUAUUACAAAUUAAAUUAAAUUUACAUUUACAAAAACAAAUAAUAAAUUCAAUUAUUUUAUAUAUUAAUUUAUUCUUUUUCGAAAAAAUAUUAUUUAAGGAUAACAAUGUUAUAAAUCAAUUUGGAUUCAAAAUAGAUAAAAAUCAAUCAAAUAAUUUAAUUUUUAUAAAAUAUUUAAUUUUUAAUAAAAUCUUUAUACCAAUAAAUAUCAUUAUUGGACUAAUUAAAAAUUAUUUAAAUAAAAGAAAAAUUUAUCAAAUUGAUCAAUCAACUUUUGAAAUUUAUAAAAUUGAAUUUUUAAAUUCAAUGAUUAAAAUGAAAAAUAAUAAUACUUUAAAAAAUUUUGAAAAUGAUUCAAUUUAUAAUUUAUAUUAUUCUGAAAUUCCAAGUUUCAAUAAAAGAAUUGAGUUUUUGAAAGAAAACAAUAAGAUUGAAUAA